CGGCCGCCUGGACCGGGUCUGAGCAGCGCAGUCCGGGCGGGCUUCCCUGUGCGGGAGGGCAUUCUCUUGGUGCUGUUGUCUCUCUGAGAGUUUCACGUCCUCAGUCAGUGCGUCCUGGAAGCGAGAGGCGGCCCCCACCGCCCCCCAGGAUCCCAGAAGAUGGGGAGCAAAGCCCUGCCGGCGCCCAUUCCGCUCCACCCAUCCCUGCAGCUCACCAAUUACUCCUUCCUGCAGGCUGUGAACACCUUCCCCGCCGCCGUGGACCACCUGCAGGGCCUGUACGGGCUCAGCGCUGUGCAGACCAUGCACAUGAACCACUGGACGCUGGGCUACCCCAACAUGCACGAGAUCGCCCGCUCCACCAUCACUGAGAUGGCCGCGGCCCAGGGCCUCAUGGAGGCUCGCUUCCCCUUCCCAGCACUACCCUUUACCACCCACCUCUUCCACCCGAAGCAGGGGGCCAUUGCCCACGUCCUUCCAGCCCUGCACAAGGACCGGCCCCGGUUUGACUUUGCCAACUUGGCGGUUGCCGCCACGCAGGAGGACCCCCCCAAGAUGGGGGACCUGACCAAGCUGAGCCCGGGGCUGGGCAGUCCGAUCUCGGGCCUCAGUAAAUUGACUCCGGACAGAAAGCCCUCCCGUGGUAGGUUGCCCUCCAAAACGAAAAAAGAAUUUAUCUGCAAGUUUUGCGGCAGACACUUUACCAAAUCCUACAACUUGCUCAUCCAUGAAAGGACCCACACAGAUGAGAGGCCCUACACAUGUGACAUCUGCCACAAGGCUUUCCGGAGGCAAGAUCACUUGCGAGAUCACAGGUAUAUCCAUUCCAAAGAAAAACCCUUCAAAUGUCAGGAAUGUGGGAAAGGAUUCUGUCAGUCUAGAACACUAGCAGUUCACAAAACUUUACAUAUGCAGGAAUCUCCACACAAAUGCCCCACAUGUGGAAGAACCUUUAAUCAGAGAAGUAAUCUGAAAACUCACCUUCUCACCCAUACAGACAUCAAGCCCUACAGCUGCGAGCAGUGCGGCAAAGUGUUCAGGCGAAACUGUGAUCUGCGGCGCCACAGCCUGACUCACACCCCGCGGCAGGACUUCUAGGGAAGCCCAGGAUCUGUCCCGAGCCGCAGCCGCACCCCUUCCCCAGACUCCUCUGCACACCUCCUCCCAGGAGCCCCCCCCUCCCAGCCCCCCAUACUGACCCCAGCUCUGGCCAGGCUGCAGCCGCGCACCUGCAGCUCCUAAGACUUAACUCUUCGUCGGGAGGACUGAGAACUGUAGAAAGCCACACGCGUACAUCCCUUCACCAAGAGCAUAGCUAGUACCUUGUAGCUAUUCACAGCUCAUUUUAGAGCUCUGUACAUAAAUGUCGUCGGUCUCCGUUUUGUUGUGUUUUUGUAUCUUUGUUGGAUGCAUCUAGAUCUGGAAAAUGGAAGCCAAAUUUGUCUUUAAAGACUGUAUUUCAAAAUAAAACGUUUGGUUUGUUUGUU